UGCAGAUAUAUUAUAUUUAAGACUAUAGACAAAGGUACGACCAGCCAGGCGAACAUUCGAAUUGGGAAACACCCAUGCGUGUUGGUUGAAUAGGAUUCAGUUCCUAUUCAGGCUAAUCAAUCCAUAACUUCCUGCCCCAGGCCUGGUAUUGUACUUCUUACUACUACACCUACAGCCAAACGCCCAUUCCAAUGGCCAACCCACGGAAACACGUUCGCAAUUCAUUCUCACCAAAACAAUAGGGGCCUUCCUUGCCCCUUUCUCAAGCACAAUAUUCUUCAUCACCCUAUCCCUACUCGAUCUGGAAUCGUUUGUCUUCAAUGGCCGCCAACGAUUCCGCGACGCGUGCUGAGCCGUCAUCCUCCACCGACCGUAACGUGAAGCACGUCGUACUCGGUGACCUCCUCUUCCAGACCUGGUACCAGUCCAUCUACCCGGAAGAUCUGGUCAGCAAGGAUACAGACAGGUUGUACGUCUGUCGCUGGUGCUUCCGGUACUCGUGCAACGCGCACGCCUACACGAAACACACGCGCCUCUGCCCGCAACGGAAAUCACCGCCCGGGGUCAAGGUCUACGACCAGGGCGGAUAUUCAGUGUGGGAGCUGGACGGCGAACAUCACAAGCUCUACGCGCAAAACCUGUCGUUGUUCGCGAAACUGUUCCUCGAUCACAAGUCCGUCUUCUUCGACGUCGUGUCCUUCCUCUACUACCUCCUCGUCUUCACCGACCCCGACAACCCUAACGACUCCUACCAUGUGCUGGGCUUCUUCUCGAAGGAGAAGCUCUCCUGGGACGCCAACAACCUUGCCUGUAUCCUGGUUUUUCCCCCUUACCAACACAAGCAGCUCGGAAAACUGUUGAUGGGCGUCAGCUAUAAGAUCAGCUCCUGGGAGCGCGACAGCGGGUUGAUCGGCGGGCCGGAGCGACCGUUGAGUGAGAUGGGCUGCAGGAGCUAUGCGCGCUUCUGGGAGGAACGUGUGGCCAGACAUUUGCUUUUACAUGGCUGGAGGGCCGACGACGCAGAGGAAGCGGUAGUGUCACAGAAGUCCAAGUCUCCUAAAGGGUCGAAGAAGCGGCAUGCCCAUGAACUCAUGACAGUGCAGGACAUUGGAUUAGCAACAGGCAUGCUGACCGAGGACGUUAUUACAGCUCUUAAGGGCUUGGGAGUAGUGCAGCCGGCCACGCCCGCCAAGAAGCGAAAGUCGAAGGACUCAUCGGGAGCCGGGGAUGGCGCCGUCGUAACAGUACGAAAGACAACCGUUCUCGAAUGGGCUAGGCUUCAUCACAUGGCCUUAUGGGACCCGGUCAAAGACGAGGGGUUCCAUGGUAAAUGGGCUCCGACUGAUUCGGACGAAGAGAGCGAUGGGGACAGCAGCGAAAGUGGUGAUGGAUAGAGGUCUCUUGUGCGGCUGCUAAAAUCCCCUCUGUAUGCGCGCUUGUGGAAGAGCGCCUUGUGUAUUACUAUCUACGUACGCUACUGACCGUAUGGAAGCAAC